CACCAGUUUGCCCGUUACCCAGAGAAUCAUCCCCCCCCCCGCUCUCUCUCUCCUCUGGUAUUCGAUCGAAUUGAUGGCUCAAACAACUCCAAACCACACGCAAACAGUUUCCGGCUGGGCUGCUCAUGAUUCCUCCGGCAAGAUUGUUCCUCACACCUUCAAACGCAGAGAAAAUGGCGUGAACGAUGUGACCAUAGAGAUCCUGUACUGCGGCAUUUGCCACACUGACAUCCACCACGUCAAGAACGACUGGGGAAUCACCAUGUAUCCCGUUGUUCCAGGGCAUGAAAUUAUAGGGCUGAUUACGAAGGUAGGAAACAACGUGAGCAAUUUCAUGAUAGGGGACAGAGUGGGCGUUGGGUGCUUGGCCGCAACCUGUUUGGAAUGUGAGUUCUGCAAGGACUCACUGGAGAACUACUGCGACCAGGUUCAGUUCACCUACAACGGCGUUUUCUGGGACGGCAGCAUCACCUAUGGCGGGUAUUCCACCAUGCUCGUCGCCGAUCACAGAUACGUGGUGCACGUGCCGGAGAGUUUGGCGCCGGAAGCGGCGGCGCCACUGCUCUGCGCCGGAGUAACGGUGUUCUGCCCGCUCAAGGACAACGGCAUGCUUGAGUCGCGGGGGAAGAAGCUGGGCGUCGUUGGGCUUGGCGGCCUGGGCCAUAUGGCCGUCAAAUUCGGUAAGGCGUUUGGCCACCACGUCACCGUCAUCAGCACUUCUCCCUCCAAAGAGCAGGAGGCCAAGGGCCGACUGGGCGCCGACGAAUUCAUAGUCAGCACCGAUCCCGCACAAAUGAAGGCGAAGAAGAGGUCACUGGAUCUGAUUCUGGACACCGUAUCCGCCAACCAUUCUCUUGGGGCUUACUUAGAACUGCUCAAAGUGAAGGGGGCAUUGGUGAUUGUGGGUGCCCCGGAGAAGCCCAUGGGCCUCCCUUCAUUUCCUCUCAUAUUCGGGAAGCGGGCGGUGAAAGGGAGCAUGAUAGGAAGCAUAAAGGAGACGCAAGAAAUGAUGGAUCUGUGCGGCAAGCACAAUAUUACCUGCGACGUUGAGGUGAUAGCGCCCCACCAAAUCAACGAAGCCCUGGAUCGCCUCGCCAAGAGCGAUGUUAGAUACCGCUUUGUCAUUGACAUCAAGGCCGCCGCUGACGCCAACGGCAACGCCAAUGCCUCUGACUCGUAAAGUCUGUCUGUCUGUCUGUCUCCAAUACAAGGGUUUAAUUAAUUGCAUUGGGAACACUAGUGCGAUACUCUGUAUCAUUGAAUUGAGCUUGAAAACCGAAGCCCAUGAACAAAUUAAAUGGAUGGUCAUGUAACUCUUUUUAAGUUAAUUAUGUUGCUCUUCCAAAUUGGGGGAAGUUGUGGAAUCUAUCUAUAAUAAAGCUAAUAAUAUAAUGUUUUGAGGAAA